GUGCGGAUGUAUAUGAUGUGAAAAUAGUGCGGCCGUUACCGCAUUUUACAUCUGCGAUAUUUUGAAAUGGUUGAACUGUGUUCUGUGGUUGAAGCGUUGGGUUGGGUUCAAGUACGCCCGGCGCUUGAUACAAGUGCUGCUACAUAUACUACAGUCGGUACAGUGGUCAGGCUAUAACAUGAGUCACUUGUUUAAAACAAUUAGCCAUGCAAAUAUAUACGCGAAAUUUCGACCCACUGCGCCACAGGCUUUCGUCGAGGAAAUAAUGAAAUUUGUUAAAGUACACGUCUCUGAUUUCAACCUUGCUGUAGAUGCCGGCUGCGGCCCUGGCAUAAGUACAACAGCACUGGCCCCAUACUUCAAGAAAGUGCAUGGCUAUGACACAUCUGAAGCACAAAUCGCUGAAGCAAAAGCAUUGAACAAAUUUGAAAAUGUUUACUUCUGGGCAUUGGACACAUUAGAAAACUCUGGGUGGUCAGGAUUUUUCCGAAGCCCCCACUUCAUUCAUAGCCUUGUGUCACCAGCUGAGAAAAUUCCUGAAAAGAAUGAGUCUGUACAGCUGAUUACAGUAAUGCAGGCUGUUCAUUGGUUUAACUUGGAUGCAUUCUACAAGGAAGUAAAAAGAGUCCUGGUGCCACAUGGGGUACUGGAACUUGGCGGUUACCUCAUUCCAAAGCCUGUCAGCAAGGACCAGAAGAGGAUGGACAGUAUAAUACAGAAUGAAAUUUACAUGGGAGCGAUGAAGAAGUACUGGGAACCAGUUAGGCACAUUGUCGACAGCAUGUACAGAGACAUCCCACCCGCUUUUGAAGACCAUGUUCGCAUAGAGGGCAUCGAGGAGUGCAAGGUUAGAACUGUUGCAGAUUAUGUGAACUACACAAAGACAUGGUCAGCAUACCAACUUUUCCUCAAGAAGGAGCCUUCAGAAGCAGAAAAGCUGACUCGCAAGCUGAUGUCCAUAUUGAUGGAAGAUGCUGGGAAGGCUGGAGAAGAUCCAGCAAAGACAAACCUUGAAGUGAAGACUCAGUUCUUUACAAUUUUGGCGAGGAAGCCAGGACCAUAAAGAGUAAAUUUUCACAGCACCAUUCGAGAUAAAUUUUUAAGCCUGUUCAUGAUGCAUAUCUAAACGUAGCAAAUACUCAUGCAAGAAGAUCAAAUACAGCACAAAUAAACUAUUCUUUGUAUAGUUUACAUGUUCUUUCACCUUGAACAAUCUGUUGAAUGAAGCUGAAUCUGACUUCCUCGUCCAGUCGUUUCUUGUAUACAUUUCUUGUCCCACUGGAGAACAAACAGUUGUGGCUGGGCAAUUAAGGUGGUUUAACAAAAGGGCGAAAUAUAAGAAACAAGAAAAAAUAAGUGAUUACAAAAGAAGGAGGAACCAAAGAGAGGAUAUAUACACAAGCAAUAGGUAGUGUGCCGUAUGAUAAUGACAAAACACUGAAGCGUAAAACCAAUGAAACGAACUUGGCUAACACCUGUAACCAUGCACAUAACUAUGUAAAAUACAACUUUAACCUUUCAAGUCCCAUGCCCUAGUAUACUCGUCUGACCAUCAGUGCCUACCCCUGAGCAUGCCUGAGAUAAUUUGUGAGCAUAAAGCUUCGGUAGAGUGGCUACGCUAUCUGUUCAAAAGUUAUUUAAACUAAAAUUUUAAAGGUUUUGCUUUCAUGGGGGGGGGAGGGGUAGCAAAUGGUGUGACAAAGCUUAUCGACUGCUGGUGUUGCUCAUGUCUGUCGUUUCCCAACAUGGCGGAUCAGCACAAUAUCUCCGCAUGUUCCUUAAAUUGGGAAAAAAUACAGGAACUUAUUACAGACUCUUGUUCAGAGGCAUAAAAUGUUGUUCACAAGAAGUAUUUAAGCUGCAAUGACAGUGAAAAGAGGCCCAGUUGCCUGAUCAAGGAACACUAUAAUUAUUCUAACUAAAACCAAUAAUUAGGAUAAGUUCUUAUCUUUUUUUGUCAUAUUUAAGCAUUUGACAAAUUUUAAUAACAUAAGUCUAAUAAGUAGCAUUUGAAUUAAAGCCUGCUAAUGUGUAAUGUAGACAGAAAUUGAAUCUCUGUUUUGUAUAUAGAAAGAAAUUUGUUGCACUUCUGAAAAACAUCUGGCAUCCAAAGAGUUGAGAAGUAUCACAUACAACGUGUACAAUGUUAGACAGAAGAUGAGAACAUGUCAGAAGACAAUGUGGACAUGAUGUUUACAUCAUUGGUGGCCAUGAUGAACUAUUAUGCACUGAUGAACUCUUAUACACGAACCAAGAACAUGACUGCACAGGACAACCAAUGGUCUGUUUUGGAGACAGAAAACGUAUUUCAACAUGUGCAACAGCCACUUGGAGCUGUUAACCAAUGUGAUGACUGUGGGUGAUGGUUAAUGGAUAGUGCAUUUCAUAAGUCCUUGCAGUAUCUGUAUAAAAGAAGCCUCCAUGCUUUCAUACAGUGAUUUCAUUUCCACAUUAUGCUGCGUAACAAACCAUGCAAAAUAAAUUUUUUUUUAAUACUAAGAACAUACACCGUAAAUAGAACUGCAGUGUGCCUAAUAUUCCACAGAAGAGAAAGACACAAGACUUUAGCAUAUAUAUAUCCUGUUUCAUACAUAGCAGGCAGCACUGAAACCUACCGAAGUAGUGCAGUCGAAGCAGUUGUGCCGCGAAUUUCGCAAUAUGGUAGUUUUUAUCUUCAAUGCUUUCUAUGGAAUAACUACUCCUCAUAUUACAACUACAACUUGUCAGUGUAAGGUUACAUCAAAUUGCAUUUUAUUUCUGCACCAUUGUGCUUCCAGUACGCAACAUAUGUGUUAUAUUUUGGUUGCAAGAGCAUGCGGUGUGCUGUGGCACAGAAACGUGUUGCUACAUGGUAAAUAGGUUCAGAUCUGCGAUGCGUUAUGUGCGAUGGUUACAUCAUAUUUUGUAACAUAGACAGUAUAAGACCUAAUAUCACAUGGUGCGUACUUGCAUAUUUCUUUCCGAAAUGAUGCAUUUUCUUUUGGUAACAAAUGCUAGCAGUGGGAGAAGUCUCUCAAGCCUUUUCAGCAUUGCCUGCCAUGUAUGAAAUGGUGUACAGCUCACUUUAAAAUCCUGGUAAAUUUUAUCAACUAAGCAUAAACAGUGUUAAACAGUUAUUUUACAAUAAUUUGCAAUUGGGCCUUAGUAGAUAUAUAUAUCAACACACAUGCUAAGGGUUCCUAGCAAUUUAUGGUGGCCUGUAUUGCUUGUUGUAAUGCGAAGUUUUUAUCUCGGUUGCUUAUGUUUUCUACUGCAUCUCCUAAUGCCAGAGGGACACAAAUUGUUCACAUUUUCAAGCCAUAAAAUCUGAACGAGAGAUCCUUGUCUUUUAACUUCCAGAAUAUGUCUCUUUAGUAUCAUUUCUCACAUUUUUAGUGAAUAGGAAACGCAAGCGCUCCAGUCUUUUAUGGUAAGGUCCUUCCUUGUCCAAACACUUGUUAUAUGUGCCUGCACUAUCGUGACCCUAAAGGGACAUAGAGGUAGCACAAAGUCAAGCCUAACGUUCCCAAAUUUUUAAAGUUGGCACUUUUACAAAGAAGAGGGCUUUUGUGAAUGAGAGAAAAUGACGCAAACAUAGCACAGAAUUUGCACUGGAACUAUGAAAGAAACUAAACCAUCUUCUAAUGGUGCCUUAUUGAUAUAUAACAGUAAACCUCUAAUAUUAACAAAGAUAAUUGCACAUUGCACUUGAACUUGAAAGGACAUAUAGCCUGUCCAGUUUAUUGGGUUUUUCUAGAGAAGACUUGCUUAUACAACUUCUUAACACGUUCACUUUGUCAGUGCCAUCUGCGGCAGUGUAAUGCUCCCUCCCCCUUUUCAGCCAUCCAAUUCUGUAUAUCUGUGGCACUAGACAGAGCAUGAUCUGAGAGUUAGCUGGAACUGCUUCAAGUUUCCAGCACCUUGUUGACCUGCGGUGGCUAUGUCUCCUUUCGAGUAACCUGCUGUUUUCAUGGAAUGUGUUGAGUUCACUUAUGAAUUUUCAUAACAAUUAUUAAGUCAUUUGGCGCUGAACAAGUGUUAGGAUGUUUUUGGAAUCAUAAUUCAUUACUCUAGACAGAUUUAUGUAUCUUCAGUGUGUGCUGGAUGCACGAAUAUGCAUAAAAAUGAACAAAGAAAGGCAGUAUGCCAGUGUAUUACUGUGGGGCCCUUGCAAUUGGCCUCACAUUUCAAAAUUACCAAGAAGCUGUCCUCUUUAUUUGCCAUUAUUUUAGACCUAAAUAAUAGGGGAGAGAAAUAGUAGCAAUACGCUUUUUAUAGUGUGUAUCCACUACACACUAGUUGCUUUAGAAGAGUGGACAGAGAAUGAAUAUCAAUCAAUCAAUCAAUCAAUCAAUCAAUCAAUCAAUCAAUCAAUCAAUCAAUCAAUCAAUCAAUGCUCCUAUUAUUAUACAGGCAGGACCCCAGAACCAUUUCAAGGGUACUGGCAGAGGUUCAUUUGUUAACACAUGGGACUAUCAAGGAACUGCGAAGCAAAUAACGUGAAUACAGAUAUUACAAUAAUUUUUGUUGAGCACAGAAUAGAUUAACAAACGCAUGCAAAAAAAUUAUUCGAAAAAAAAAGACAUCAUGAGACUGUUGAUUUUGCUGAUAUUGGACAUUUUCCAAUGUGUGAGCAUGCUUCAGCAAUUAGAAAAGAGAUGCUGUGGCAUGUGCAGUUGUGGAAUACCUGUAGAAGCCUAGACACAAUUGAUCAUUCAUUACUUUUAUUGAUCUAUGGAAUGCGGAAUUUUUUGGGGACAUUCUACAGUGAACAUUGAAAAGAUAUUUUGAUAUUAACCUCCCUUGCGAAACCUUGAGCCUCGAUGUCCUCCUUAGCCCCAUCAAGCUGUUUGACAAAGCUUUUUUGCCAAGGAGGCCACCAAUGUAUGUAUAUAUGUUGGAAAAUAAAAUUGAAUCGAACCUAGUCAGUGUCAGGUUCCUCGAUGUAACUAUACAGAACCUUGGACAUUUUUUUUGUUGGCUUACAUAGCCUUUUAAGAGCAAGCAUGAUAGAAAUGCCAAACCACUGUGAACAACUAGGGGUGACUUCAAGGAGUGGAUAAUUCACAUAUAUGGAAUGUACAAGAGUUAGAAGCGGUGCUUCUGAUUAGAUUUUUUUAAAAGUUGUGCUUGAAUUUUGCACACCAUUGAUGCAAUACAGUAUUUCGUUCUAUUUUAGGCACUUUGGUGUUUCACCACCGUAAAUGAAGGAAAAACAAACAAACAAAAGAAAGCCAUGGCACAGCAGUUAAAAUGCUUGAACUUGAAACUGCACAG